GUGUCUUGUGGCUCUUAAAAACUUGUAAUGUUCACCUUAAAAGUUGACGAAUGCUACCUACUAAAGUACUAAUACUAUCAGCCGUAUAUAAAAUAUCGUGUUAUAGUUAUUAAACACGCUUAAGUGUUCUACAAGUUCAUACAUAAUCAUACACUGUACAUUUGUAACAUAAAGUAUACCGAAUAGGUACCAGUCAUGGAUCCUAAUAACUCAAAACCAAUACCGAGGGAAAGCACCCCGCCACCACCGUAUGACGAAAGUCCAGGAAUUUAUCCAUCAAAUUUGUUGUACUCGAAUGAUCACACGAUGCAACAGCAACAUUUUACACCUGAAUAUAAUAUAAUAAUAGAAUCAACUUUGGGUCCAAAACCAGUACAUAUGUUUUGUCCGACGUGCCAUAAUUAUAUAAUUACCGAAACCGAUGAAUCACCGUCAAAUGAAGCAUUUUUAUGUUGCAUGCUAAUAUUUAUUGUGGGGUAU